ACUCCUCCCGCUGUGAUUGGCUGCUUUCCUUACGCACUCCUCUCGAAGUGAGGGCUGAAGGUGAAAUUUGUCCUCCUGUGUCUGAACCUUAUCGUCGCGAUUAUGUCAUCCUGUGCCCUUUACAGCACGCGCGCACAUCUGUGCAGACGACUGGCACAACAAUAUUUAAGUAGGACGUACGCCACAAGACCAUCUCUAAAUGAAGUUGUUAUCGUCAGUGCUGUCAGGACCCCAAUGGGGUCCUUUAGAGGAAGCCUCUCCGCUGUACCUGCAACCAAACUGGGCUCUAUUGCCAUAAAAGGAGCCAUUGAGCAAGCAGGAAUCCCUUUGGAGGAGGUAAAGGAGGUUUACAUGGGGAAUGUGUUGCAAGCAGGUGAAGGACAAGCUCCAACCAGACAAGCUCUUUUGGGUGCUGGUCUCCCACUGUCCACCCCAGCAACCACGAUUAAUAAAGUCUGUGCCUCCGGGAUGAAAUCCAUCAUGAUGGCUUCUCAGAGUCUCAUGUGUGGACACCAGGACGUGAUGGUAGCUGGUGGAAUGGAAAGCAUGUCUCAGGUUCCCUAUGUCAUGGCCAGAGAAGCGCCCCCUUAUGGUGGAGUAAAGCUGGAGGAUCUGAUCGUAAGGGACGGGUUGACGGACGUCUACAACAAAUUCCACAUGGGUAACUGUGCCGAAAACACAGCCAAGAACAGCGGGAUUUCCAGAGAGGAGCAGGAUGCGUAUGCCAUUAACUCCUACAGUCGCAGCAAAGCAGCAUGGGAAGCUGGUCUCCUGGCUAAGGAGGUGGUUCCCGUGAGCAUUCCUCAAAGAGGCAAACCAGACAUCGUUGUGAAGGAAGAUGAAGAAUAUAGAAAGGUUGAUUUCACCAAAGUUCCCAAACUAAAGGCUGUGUUCCUUAAAGAAAACGGCACGGUGACGGCAGCUAACGCUAGCACUCUGAACGACGGGGCGGCAGCUCUUGUGCUAAUGACGGCGGAUGCAGCAAAACGGCUCAACGUCACGCCACUCGCCAGAGUCGCUGCUUUUGCCGAUGCCGCUGUCGCCCCCAUCGACUUCCCCAUCGCUCCGGCCUUUGCUGUCCCCAAAGUUCUGCAAGCAGCCGGUGUAAAGAAAGAAGACAUAGCCAUGUGGGAGAUCAAUGAAGCAUUCAGCGUCGUCGUUCUAGCCAACAUCAAGAUGUUAGACAUCGACCCCAACAAAGUCAAUAUAAACGGAGGAGCGGUUUCCCUCGGACAUCCAAUCGGAAUGUCGGGGGCGAGGAUCGUGGGACACAUGGCGCACAAUCUGAAAUCAGGACAGUAUGGACUCGCUAGUAUCUGCAAUGGAGGAGGCGGCGCCUCUUGUAUUCUGAUUCAGAAGUAUUAGGACUGUACAUUCAUAAACACUCCUGAAGGAAUGUAGGGUUAACUUAUUUUGUAAUUUAGGCAAGUAGACUACACCAGAAAUAUCUCCAUGCCUUACCGUGAGCUCUCCGUCUCUCCAGACUAGGUCACUCCUGUUUUUCUCUAAAAACAUAAUCAAAGCAUUAGAGGCUCAUGCAAUGUUGAUUGAGUGUAACAUUCAUUGCAUAUCUUUUUAUGUGGUGGUCUUUUCAAUGUAAUGCGUAAAUGAAAGGAUUUAGAUUUAUUGAAAAUGAAUAAAAAAAGAGAUUGUUAAUUG